AUGUCCGGUGGCCCUAUUUCUCAGGAUUGGGAACCCGUCGUCAUCCGCAAGAAAGCUCCCAACGCCGCCGCCAAGAAGGAUGAGAAAGCCGUUAACGCCGCUCGCCGUGCCGGCGCCGAUAUCGAUACCGUUAAGAAAUAUAAUGCUGCGACAAACAAAGCUGCAUCUAGCAGCACUUCAUUGAACACUAAGAGGCUGGAUGAGGAUACAGAGAAUCUAGCUCAUGAUCGUGUACCAACUGAACUGAAGAAGGCUAUAAUGCAAGCUAGGAUGGACAAAAAGCUUACUCAGUCUCAGCUUGCUCAAAUCAUCAAUGAAAAGCCUCAAGUGAUCCAAGAGUACGAGUCAGGGAAAGCCAUUCCAAAUCAGCAGAUAAUUGGCAAGUUGGAGAGAGCCCUUGGAGCUAAACUGCGUGGCAAGAAAUGA